AUGAGCGUUACAACGCUUGUCGAUACACGGCAGCAGAAGUCCUCAGGCCUACCACCCUCCUGGCCACCUCAAAUGACCGCCGACACCUCUACGACCGAGAAAUUCCCUACUCUGGGCGAUGACGACGCACUGAUUGAACAGAAGGGGGAGAGCGUUUUCUUGCCAUCCACGAUCAACGUCAGCGUCAAUGCCCAGGAGCUGGCAGAAUCGUUAAAGGCACCAAUUUCUUAUAAACUUAUCGGUCUUUGCUUGGUCUGGUACAUGACAUCAGCUCUCACAAAUACUUCCUCGAAAUCUAUCCUCAUGGCACUUCCAAAACCUAUAACGCUUACGAUUGUUCAAUUUGCAUUUGUAUCAACAUGGUGUCUGUUUCUUGCAUACCUCGCGUCCAUCUUUCCAAUGCUAAAAACUGCUGUUCCCGUCCUCAAAAACAAGAUCCGUUAUCCCUCAUACGCCAUCAUCUCAACAGCGCUACCACUGGCUGGAUUCCAAUUACUGGGCCACAUACUCAGCUCUAUGUCGACCUCACAAAUACCCGUAUCACUCGUUCAUACAAUCAAGGGGCUCUCUCCGCUUUUCACCGUCCUCGCAUAUCGUAUCUUUUUCCGCAUUCGAUAUGCUAGAGCUACGUACCUCUCUCUCAUCCCUCUCACCUUGGGAGUCAUGCUUGCCUGUUCAGCAGGGUUCUCAACAAACCUCUUUGGGAUUAUCUGUGCCCUUGCAGCAGCUCUUGUUUUCGUUGCACAGAAUAUCUUCUCAAAGAAACUUUUUAAUGAAGCUGCGCGUGCGGAGGCAGAUGGCCAAUCACCAGGAGACACAAAGCUAGAUAAGCUCAACCUUUUAUGUUAUUGUUCUGGUCUCGCGUUCAUCUUGACCCUACCGAUUUGGUUUCUAUCCGAAGGCUAUCCGCUAAUGAUCGACUUCCUAUCCUCUGGCUCUAUCAGCCUAUCAAACAAGAAAGGUGCCCUUGAUCACGGCCCAUUGAUGCUGGAAUUUAUCUUCAACGGUGUUUUCCAUUUUGCACAGAACAUCAUGGCAUUCGUUCUACUCUCCAUGAUCUCACCAGUGUCAUAUUCUGUUGCUUCAUUAAUCAAACGAGUUUUCGUCGUCGUUGUUGCCAUUGUCUGGUUCGGCAACGCCACGACGCCCAUACAAGCCUUCGGUAUCGCCCUCACUUUCCUGGGCCUAUAUCUGUAUGACAGGAACAAGCAGGACGAUGCAGCAGAUCGACGGGCCAAUGCGGACCACUUCCACAAGAAUAAUACCAUACUGCCUCUCAACACUGCAUCCAACGGCUCAGCCAAAGUCUGGAACUCCAACGGAUAUACGUUCCCUCCCCCCUCGGUGGGUGGUUUGGGUAUCCAUCCUAUGGACGUCAAUGGCAAAAAGGAAGAUGACAAAACUAACGGUGUUUCGAGGAGGAAUAGUAUGGCUCGCCCAUGGCUACCACCAGGGACUAAGCAAGAGUCUACAUGGCAACCUGGUGAUGCAUCCUCCACGCCCCAGAAUUAA